AUGACAUCAUGGAAUAACCCAACACUUCAAUCUGCUCGUCAAGCACCCAAAGCCCUUGGCAUCCCAUACGUUAUUGAAUCAUCCGCUAGAGGCGAACGUGUCUUUGAUAUCUUUUCCCGAUUGCUCAAAGAGCGUAUCGUGAUGUUGAAUGGAGAGGUAGACGAUUCCGUUUCAGCUAUUAUUGUCGCACAGUUGUUGUUUCUCGAAGCUGAAAAUCCAGAAAAACCCAUCUCGUUUUACAUCAAUUCGCCUGGUGGUAGUGUGACGGCUGGCAUGGCAAUCUAUGAUACGUAUAUUCAAAGCCCUGUCGCAACAGUGUGUAUGGGUCAGGCAUGCUCAAUGGGAUCGCUUUUACUUACUGCUGGUGAACCAGGACAUCGAUCUAUUCUUCCUAAUGCGCGAGUCAUGAUCCACCAACCUAGGCAAGCCAUUAUAGUAUACACCACUUUUGGCGGCGCAUCAGGACAGGCAUCCGACAUUGCUAUUCAUGCCAAAGAGAUUUUAGAUAUUCGAGAGCGGCUAAAUCAGAUUUAUGUUCAUCACACUCACCAAUCCCUCGAUGUCAUUGUCAACCGGAUGGAACGGGAUCAUUUCAUGAGUGCUGAACAGGCACUUACAUUUGGACUGGUUGACAAGGUUCUUGAAAAGCGGCCAUUCAUUUCCAUAACAAACACGGCAGAAAGUUCUACUCCAAACAAUAGUAAAAAAACUGAACCUAGCAGUACUCCUCAACCCGAACCAGCCAGAAAGCCGUAG